AUGACCAGCCACCAAGACGUCAUCGAGGAGCAGCCUGCUGCCAUUCGCGCUGGCGCCAAUUCCACCGACGCAGGCGCCGAUCCGGAAAAGAUUCAGGAAAAGUCGAGCUUCGAAGACGAUGCCUCCAAGACGUCCAAGCCCGAGGGCGUCGUGAAUGAUGCGCCGGGCGGCGACGACAACCUCUUUGGUGGCGGCAAGACGUACCGCACCCUGGGCUUGUGGGACACCAUACUGGUCCUCGCCACGAACCAGGUCGGCCUUGGCAUCCUCACGCUCCCUGCCAUUCUCAAGACGCUGGGACUCGUCCCCGGCCUCAUUGCCAUUGUCGGAUUGGGUGUCGUGUCCUGGUACACAGCGUACGAGCUGCUCCAAUUCUACCGCGCACACCCCCAAGUAGUCAACAUGGUCGACAUGGCGCGUGUUGUCGGCGGCCGUCCGCUCGAGCUCAUCUUCGGUGUCGGUCUUUUGUUCAAGGUCAUGAUGACGUGCGGCUCCGCCACCGUCACUCUCUCAAUCGCCUUCAACACGCUGUCCAAUCACUCGGUAUGCACUGUCGCUUUUGCCGCGGUUGCUGCCGUGUGCUGCUGGGUCCUGUGCCUCCCGCGCACCUUCAAGUUUGUGGCCCAGGCCGGCUUGCCUUGCACGAUUAGCAUCAUCGUGGCCGUCUUCAUCGUCAUUAUUAGUCUUGCGGUCGCCGGUCACCCGCGCGGUGAGGUGCACGGUUUCGUCAAGGAAGUGGUCAUUGUUGGAAACCCCAGCUUCCGCGAGGGUGUCAGCGCGUGUCUCAAGGUCUGCUAUGCGUACGCUGGCAACGUUGGUUUUGUUUCGUACAUGGCCGAGAUGAAGAACCCUUCCCGCGACUUUCCCAAGGCUCUCACGAUCCUGCAGGUCUGCUCAGUGCUCCUGUACAUUCUCACAGCCGUCACCAUCUAUUGCCUCUCUGGCCAGGCUGUGCGCUCUCCCGCACUUGGCUCUGCGCCUGAUAUUCCCGCCAAGGUCGCAUACGCCAUUGCGCUGCCUGCCAUUCUGUCGACGGGCAUGGUUUUCGGCCACACUGCCAUCAAGUACCUUUAUGUGGUUGUACUGCGCGCAACCAAGACGACGCACCGCGCCACGGAAAACUCGUGGCGUUCCUGGGGUCUCUGGGUCGGCAGCGCCAGUAUUUUUUGGGUUGCUGCCUUUGUCCUGGCCAGCGCCAUCCCCAUCUUUGACUCGAUCCUGUCCAUUUCGUCGGCGACAUUCGUGGCCUGGUUCACAUUUGGCAUCAGCGGCGUGUUUUGGUACCAUCGCAACUGGCAGGAGAAGUUUGCCCGAAAGAAUAUUCCUCUGGCCAUUGUCAAUGCUCUUCUUAUCCUCCAGGCGCUGUUUAUGAAUGGCGUAGGUAUGUGGGCGUCCGUCAUGGGUCUCCUCGAUGUCUAUAACACGCCUGGCAAGAUUGAGGGCUCCUUCACUUGUGCGGAUAACUCGAUCUUCUAA